AUGGAGGUCUUCCGCUGGCCACUACGACUUCAUACAGAAGUGAUAUUGAUCUCCCUCCUAACGAGCUGUGGUUAUGUAGAUGCGGUAUCCCAACAAGUACUUGCAAAGACCCUGUAUGAUCACCUGAUGACAGAUUAUGAUACGAGCCUUAUACCUCUCUGUAACAGCACAACUACAGUGACUCUAAACAUGGAUAUUGCUCUCAGACAGAUAAUGGACUUGAAUGAAAGAGAGCAAGUAUUGACUACAAAUCUGUGGAUGCGAUUGAGAUGGAAUGAUUGUAGACUGACCUGGGAUCCGGCGUCAUAUAACAAUUUGACGUCACUUAUGGUGACGUAUGAUGACGUGUGGUUACCUGAUAUAAGUUUGUAUGAUAGUGCAUCUGAUGAUGACAUGCUACCUGGAUUAAAGGAAAAUCGUGCUUAUAUUUCCUCUUCCGGUUCUGUGACGUACAACUUUCCGACAGUUGCCAAAUCCAUCUGUAGAGUCAAUGUAAGAUACUUCCCAUUCGAUACACAGGAAUGUCCGCUGCAGUUUGGAUCCUGGUCACAUCACGGCAAUGAACUAGACAUUGUUAAAAGGAACGAAAAGGGUAAAUUGUUUACAGGUGAUAUAUCCAAUUAUGUCGAAAAUGCAGAAUGGACCGUUGACGAGUUUGCAAUAGAAAGACAUGUGUUAUACUACAACUGUUGUCCUGAGCCGUAUCCGGACGUCACGUUUUACGUUAUAAUGAAACGUCGACCCACGUUCUACAUACUGACAAUGAUAUUUCCUUGUAUACUGACAGCUGUUAUCUCAGCCCUCGGUUUUGUACUACCUGUAGAGUCCGGGGAGAAAGUUUCACUCCAGGUCACCGUGUUGUUGUCAUUGGCAGUAUUCUUACUCCUUGUCUCCGAAUCUCUUCCUCCGUCCUCGGACAAUUUCCCAGUAAUUGGAAUAUAUUUUGCUACUUCAAUGGCGUUUGUAUCUGCAUCGCUUGCUCAAACUGUCAUAGUGCUUAAUGUAUAUUAUAGAGGAACUAAUGGCCGAACUGUUCCGAGAUGGGCUAGGUUAAUUUUCUUCCAUUACAUUGGGAAGGUGUUGGGUGUCCGAACUAAAGACCCAGAUGCAGUACAUCCUAUCGAAAAGAUGCCGAGAGAUCAGAGUUUCUUAGAAAGUAUGAGUGAACACAACGAUAAAGAAGAGUUUAUACCCACCGACAAUGUCUCUAAAGUAACAAAUGAACACCAUAAAGCAAAGUCACCGUGCCUUAGAAAGCCGCCAAAUAACUUUGUUUCAAAGGAUGCUACUGGCAGAAUUAAAGAGCAAAUAGACAACAGGAAAGCAGUUGCAGAAGAGUUUAGCGAUAAACCUGAUGCAGAAAGUAUAAAUACGGAGUGGAGAGAUUUAGCAAAUGUUCUGGACAGAGUAUUUCUGAUUUCAUAUGUGCUUGUAUCUUUCGUAUCAUUUUUGGCGUUUAUCAUACAAUGUGUGUGA